UGGGAAGAUCUAAGAGAUGCAAGCUUUCUAUUAUCAGAGGAGGGUGGAGGCUGGGGCAUCCUAAUGGUGCAUGGAGGAUCUGGGGCUUUGGGGCCCUUUUCCCUUCGCUUCUUACCCAUUCCUGAGGCAGCCAGCAACCUCCUAACCCAGAAAGAGUCCACAUUCCAGAGUCACCCUGCUUCCUCCUCCCCUGCCCCUCCCUGCCCAGUAGGAGGGAAACUUCCCCGGACUCUAGCUCUUGUGGUCACCCUUUCCUGUGGCAUGUGGCUCUCAGAGCUGUCCCUAACACCGCUCCCUGACAGGCUCUGCCAUCUGUCUCUCCAUCCCAUACCAGUCUUGGAAGGUGGGGUCAUUUCCUGGCUGCAAGAAGACACUAAAACUGCUCCCAGAAAAGAAGCUGGCUUAGGAACAGUUAUGCAAAAUAUAGUGGGAGGCUGACAGUUGAAGGAGAGGAGAUCCUGAGGCAACAGAAGGAAGCUGCCAGGAUUGCCAAGCAGGGAAAGGAGCCAGACAGGACAAGAGGGCUGCCUGUUUUGCUUCCUGCACAAUGUUCUGGGCAAACAAAACAAAGCUGUUAGCCCUCCUGGUGCUCCCAUUUCUGGCUUUCCUUUUGUUUCAGCCAUUUUACCACCCCAGUCACUCACCUGGUCUAAUAAGAAAGUCAAGCCCUAAGCAUGUAUUGAUCUUGUCUUCCUGGCGCUCGGGCUCCUCCUUUGUGGGCCAGCUCUUCAGCCAGCACCCGGACGUCUUUUACCUGAUGGAGCCGGCCUGGCACGUGUGGACGAACCUCUCUUCUGAGAGUGCUGGGCAGCUGCAGAUGGCCGUGAGAGACCUGGUUCGCUCAGUCUUCCUCUGUGACAUGAGUGUCUUUGAUGCUUACAUGGCCUGGGGUCCAAGGAAACAGUCCAGCCUCUUCCAAUGGGAGACUAGCAGGGCUCUGUGUUCCCCACCUGCGUGCCAUCUCUUUAAUAGGGAAGCCAUCAUCCCCCAGGCUGACUGCAAGACCCUAUGUGGCAAGCAGCCCUUCAGCACUGUACAAGAAGCCUGUAGAUCCUACAGUCAUGUGGUAGUCAAGGAGGUGCGCUUCUUCAGCCUGAAGCCCCUCCACCCACUGCUGACUGACCCCUCCCUCAAUCUGCAGAUCAUUCACCUUAUACGAGACCCCAGAGCUGUGUUUCGCUCUCGACAAAACACCGAACAGGAUCUGCUGCGUGACAGCCAUAUUGUCAUGGGGAAGCAAUGGAAAACAAUAAAGAAAGAGGACCAUCCCUAUCACAUGAUGAAAACCAUCUGCCAAAGCCACAAGGAGAUCUACGAGGCAGCUCAGCUAUUACCAGACUCCCUCCGGAGACGCUACCUGCUGAUACGCUAUGAAGACUUGGUUCAGGACCCACUGAUCCAAACCGCCAAAUUGUAUGAAUUUGCAGGGUUACUCUUCCUGCCUCAUCUCCAAAUCUGGGUGCAUAACGUCACACAGGGCAAGGGCAUGGGAAAGCAUCCCUUCUACACAGACUCCAGGAAUGCCCGAAACAUUUCUCAGGCCUGGCGCUGGUCCUUACCACAUGACAGGGUAGUCAAAUUACAGAAAAUUUGUAAAGAUACCAUGGACCUCAUGGGCUAUCUUCCUGUACUGUCUGAGGAAGACCAGAGAAAUUUAUCAAUGGUUGUUCUUUCUACCCUUGAGCUCCCCUAAAACUGGGCAAACACAUGAUUUGAGAGAUGGUCUGGUUUUGUACAAUGGCUAUGGUCAGCUGAAUGGUUUGGGGUCAAAAUGUGUUUUUCAAUGAAUAUGCUGUUGUAGGUGACUACACUUGGCCAAAGGCUACUCUCUACUUUCUGACUCAAGACCUUGGCACAGAUUGUCCCCCUGACUUGGGAUGCUCCUUUCUUUACCUGUAUAUUUAGAACACACGGGAAAGUGGACUCAAGCUUAGGAAGCAUAUGUGGAGAAGGGGUGACAAGGCUCCUGAAUGCUAGAAUUUUUUUCCCUGUGUUUGUGGGGUAUUCCACUUAGGUUCCCCUUAGGUAUGGUGUAGUUUCUUUGCUAGUUCUUUGUGAAGCCAAAAAUCUGCAUGCAUUCUGUCCUUAGCUCCAGUGUAGACACUACUAGCAGUUGAUCCAGGGAUUAGGCUGGGCCCCAGUGAAUGGCCCACAUGCUCUGGGUCCUUCUAGCUUGCUUACAAAGGCCUUCCUGCAGCCAAAGCAUUGGGGUGGGAUUGGUGCAAGCCAAAACCUCUUUUCCCUUCCUUCCCCACUUCAGUUCUUCCUCAGGGACUUUAUGGAAUCUCUCCAAUAACUCUGCUUCUAAACUAGUCCGAUAAUUCCCAGAUAAGCACUGGGGCAUGAUCAAUUCUGAAUGGGAUUCCUGUGUGAGUCACUCUAGUCCCCAGAGGUUUUAGUCCUUAGUCUAAAACCUAUGAUUGAAACCAAUUGAUGGGACAUUUUGUUGGAGCACCCAAGUAGAGGUUGGGUUCUCUGCCUAAACUCACAUCAAUACCAACUUUGGUUUAUUCUCUGGCUUCCUUGUAUCUCAGGGAAAUUUUCUUUUCCUAGAAACAUCUGGGUAACAAAAUAGCAGGUUAUAUUACAGUAUCUUUGGAUAGAGAGGCCUGGGGAGGGGAAGCUGGGGAAAGAGCCAGGAGGAAAGUCCUGGUCUUGGGUUUUCCUUCAUUCUGGGACUUCCACUUCUAAAUGCCUCUAAAAGUAAAAGACUCUUCAAAACUCUCCAGUAUGUCCCUUCUCAGGCAUAGCUCAGUCCUUUUGUUCCUUAAAGGGUUGCAGAAGUAUCAUGCUUGCUCCUACUUCCCUACUUACUUGAGAAAUUCUCAAUUCUGAGACAGCUUCUUCCUUUGAUAAAAAUAAUACUGUGUUUCCCCGAUAAUAAGACACUGUCUUAUUAAAAUUUUUUGGACAGAAAAACCCCAGAAGGCUUAUUUUCAGGGGAGGGCUUAUUUUAAUGAACAUUGACAGCAAUUUUAAUAAACAGGUAAAUGUGAACAAAAAAAAGUACUUUUAUUCAAUAAUGAUCAUGUCAUCUUCUUCGACAACAUCGUCAUAAGUGUCCAUACCCUGAAUUCCGUCCUGGAUGUCUUGCGCCUCUAUUUCCUUCAGAAGAAGGGGACCCAAUCUGUCAUGUCCAGCAAUAUAGCUCUCUUUAAAUGAACAUGUCUUGUCCAGGUAACCUGCUCGUAGUGCCUUGGCGACACAGCUGUCAGUAAUUUUAUCCCAUGACUUCUUCACCCAAGUCACGACUUCUUGCAGACAGAGCUUCACAAAGUUUCCACACUGAUUUCUUUCCACUCUAUUUUCAAUGUAGUCAUUGACUUCCAUGCGCAAAUGGUCCUUGAAUGGCUUGUUUAUUGCAAUAUCAAGGGUCUGGAGAUAGGCAGUCAUUCCUGCAGGAAUCAUUACUUGAUCUAUUCUUCUCUCUGCAAGGAAGUUCUUCAUUUCUUUAGUGCGGUGAGUGCUGGCUGAGUUCUUCUUUUAUCCUCCAUCAUGCCCCUUCUAUCCUCCAUCAUGCCCCCUCACUCCCAUUUACAUACCGGGUUUUUAUGUCCUGCCUCAGCUCUCCUCCACGGCACUGCUCUCAAUGGUGCCAGCAAGCAAAUCACUGGGGAAGAACAGGAUGACGCGCUCACUGCUGCAGCUCUGAUUGGAUGCAGCUCGGAGCGUGGCAUGUGUUUCACCCGUGGGGGGGGGGGGGAAGGAGGGGGAGAACGGUGCAUACAGAGGGUACCAUAAUGUAGCGUGUGGCGCAGGGGAUCACCUUCACUACAGUAGCAAUCUCAAUAGGGCUUAUUUUCAGGGGAGGGCUUAUUUUAGAGGAAUCUUGCACAGUAAGGGGAGGGCUUAUUUUCGGGAUAGGUCUUAUCAUGGUAGCAACUAAUUUUUAUAUAGUAUUUACCAUUUUCCAGGCACUAUGCUAAGUGUUUUGCAAUUAUUAUCUAAUUUGAUAUUCACAGCCUGGAAGUUUGUUGGUAUUAUUUCCCCAUUUUGCAGACCAAGGCAACUGAGGCAAAUACAGGAGGCUCCAUUUGAACUUAGGUCUUCGUAACUCCAGACUUAGCACUCUAUCCACCAGGGCCACUUAGCUGUCCAAAGAAUUUAAAUAAAUUGCUUUGGCUGUAACAUGUCUCUUUAGUUAAUUCAAGCCAGGAUGUGGGAACUAUCCACACUCAAGUUCUGAUGAUCAUAUUCUAUCAAAAAAUGUUCUUACCUACUUAAGAUUUCAGAGCCAAAAUGGGGAGGUUUUAACUUUACCCUCACCUAUAUAAUGUAAAAUCAUUUUGUAUAAGAAGCUUGCAAAGAAUCACCAUCCUAAAUUUUACUGUUUCUGUUCAGCAUUGGACUUAGCUUCCCAAUGAUGUUGCUAGUUACUGGACUGUGAUGUUUAGAGUAUGAUUAUAAUAGCUGUUUAUAAGCUCAGGUAAACUCAUUUUUAAUGGACCUCUCAGGCAAGAUUGUAGAAUUUGGAAAUGAAAUGAAAUAAGGAAAUGAAGAAAAUAUUGGUAUCUAGCUGAUACUUUCAUAAUUGGACCAACUGACAAAACUGACAUGAUGAAAAGUUAUAGAAACAAUUUUUUACUUCUCCCAUUCCUCUGAAGAGGACCUAAGGAUAGGAUCAAAUAUAAUAUUUGGCUGAUUCAUAUCUAACUAAACUGGCUAUCUGCUCAGAACUCUAUAUUUUAGGAUGCAACAAUUUUUUUUCUGGGAAAAGAGAUUUUUUUAUUUUAAUAAAAAAGUGUCUGUAUCUGUAAUGUUACUUGUAUAUAAUUGUCAUAUGAAGUUAUGGCUGCUAUUUAAUUCCAUGAUGAUAAUCACUGAACUUAUUUGUUAAGUAAAUCUUCCCCUAAAAAUGUUGUUCUUUCAUUGGUGAAAAUCAUCCAUCAUAAGUAUACUUACAAUGAAUUGACUACUGAUUCUAAAACAAUUUGGUGUAAAAUCUGUUUAUUAUGUAUUUAUAAUAUAUUUUUCAAUAAAAGUAAACAUGUUAAGUGCUCAGA